AGAGAGAGAGAGAGAGAGAGAGAGAGAGAGAGAGAGAGAUGAAAGUAUAAAUUGUCAGUUAAGAGUAACAAGAGUUAGUUUGAAACCUAAGAUUUUCUUCAAAAGUAAUUCUGUACUGUCGAAGUUUUGAACAUAUUAAGAUAUAUAGAUAUAUAUCUAUAUAAGAUAUAUAUAUAUAUAUAAAAAACUACAAGCUACAGCAAGCUACAAGAAACAAAAAUGAACCAACAUCGAGUGAGCUACGUCUUUUUCUUCUUCGCAAUCGCCACUACCGUUGUGGCUGGGCAAUCCGGAACAGUGAGUAUCAAGGAUCGUACAGUCACAUUGACAUGUCCGGUUAAGGAGGAGGAAAACCAAGAAAACCAAGAAAACCAAGAAGAAGUAAUAGAAUGGAAGAUAGUCAAUUCUGAUAAAAAAGUAGAAGAAACAAGGUAUUAUGCCAUAUCUGAUUACAAUGACAAAAAGGAUGGAUUAUACUCCUGCAAUGUUAAAGGCAAAAAAAACACUCAUUACUUCUACAUCAAAGCUAAAGUGUGCGAUGGGUGUGUUGAUCUGGACAUGAAUUUGGCCUUGGUGGUGGUAUUUGCAGACGUGCUGUUCACACUCAUGGUCGUGUUCACCGUUUAUUACUGCACUAAGAAGAGCGCUGGAACUGCUGGCCCUCAGAGACCAACACAAGCGCGUCAAGUACGAGGUCCGACAAGAGGACCUCCACCUCCUGACCCUGACUAUCAGCCUCUGAACCAGAACACACGUUCGGCCGAUGUUUACGCUACGGCACACCGGCGUUAAUGGACCUACAGUCAGCAGACCAUAAUUACAAUCAUCAUUUCUUUCUUUAAGCUGUAGCUUUUAUUACACAAGCAGGAAAUUCUCACUUAAAGGAAAAAAUCGAAUAAUUCAAACAUUUCUAUCAAUAUGGAGAAAUAAGUACAAGCCAGAAACAUACAUGAACAAGUUCUGAUAUAUACGUUAUAUUUAUAUAACGAGGUAAGAAAAAUUAAGUACAUUUUCAUUUUAAAACUGAAAUCACCACAAACAUGCAUUUAAAUAUAUGAAUAUUCAAUUGAAUUAUAUGAAUAUGAAUAUUCAAAUCAAAUAUUUCAUCUCUUCUGUUAGAAAUAUUUUAGAAAUAAUAGAUUUUGCAAUUCAAAGCAUUUUUUUACCAAACACAUUGAGCAAGAAUGUAUGUUUCUUUCCAUCCUCGAAGUAGCUUUAGAUUUCUUCUUAUUUCUGACUCUUUUUAUGUUUCUCUACACUGUCAGCUGAGAAAAAAUUCAUUGGAAAUGUUUAAUAUACAGUAUUACAAGUUAAGGAUCUGAGUCAAUGUCAUUACUUUCUGGCUUUGUUACGUACGUUCUUCUAAAAACGUACCCACGCUUUUCAGGUCAGUUUUGCGUGCUUUGUUUCACGGAUCUAGAAGACGUAGCGUGGCUUCAUGACUAAAAAAGCGUGUAAUUUUUUUGAGUUUAAAACCAUUUGUUGUAGAUUAUGAUGCUUGUAUAAUAUUUAGGAUGACAGACUAUACAGUCCUGUUGUUCGUCAGUUUUCCAUUUUUAUUUUUAUUCAGUAAAUUUCAUUUUCAUGUUACUGUGAGGUCAUAACAAUGACGAUCACGCUACAGGAUGUCAGAUUAAUUUCCCAGCUUUAUGAUGAACCCUAGCUUUAUAGAAAACUUUUAAAUAGUCUAGUAUUUAUUUGCAUGCCUUGUUUUGUUUUCCGCACAUAUUCUCACAAAUUCUCCAUUGCGCUAAGGAUUAUUAUUGGCUUAGAGUUUUUUUUUAAUCAUUACAACGUUCUUGUGAUAAAGCUACUAGAACAUUCUUUCAAGUAAUAAGCAGAUGCAUAGCAAUAUGGUAUUUCAUUUCUGUGUGUAAAUACGUAUAAACUGUCUGUACGUUCAUGUUUAUUUUUAUCAAAAUGAAAAGACGUUUUGAUGAUUUAGAUCAUUUGAGGAACCGCACUGUAUUUACAAGAAAUGAGCUGGAAAUAUCAGUGUGACUGAUUCUGUGGGAUGUUAGGUUUCUGUUAUAGGACUUGUUUUUAAACACGUCGCUGUUCCGAACCAAUCAGAUGGGCUGACUCAUGGAGAUAUCAACUUUUUUUCCCCCUCAUAUAUAUGCAUGCUGUUCUAUAUCAUACUUUUGUGUUGAGUGUCUUAAAUGAUGUUUUUGUUAUGAAUUUGUAAAAUAAAGUUGCAUCUGCAGUUAAA